CAGGUGGCUUGAAUGGGGGAGCUUCCUUCUUGUUUCUGUUCUCUCAUGCUGGCUUUAAUUUCUUUCCUUUUUUAACUAUAUGGACCAACGGAACAGUAAGAUAAAGCUGUCAAAGAAGGUCAGUUAAUUCCGAUCUAAUAAGACAGACAAUUUAAUGUUGAUGGCUACAUGUGGAUCACAGACUCGGGAGAUCUACAUAUCAGUUGUAGUUAUCUUCUCUGUAUUUUCUCCUGUGAUAGAAUGCAAAUGAAAUAAGCCUGGAAAGUUUUGAUAGAGAUGGGGAAGACAGGAAAAUGGCUUAAAAGUUUCUUGACAGGGAAGAAAGACAGAGAGAAGGAGAAAUUUAUCAGUAAUCAAACGACUACUGCUGCCAUAGAAAAUCCAUUAACUGCAACCCCGAAAGAAAAACGGAGAUGGAGCUUCCGAAGAUCUUCAGCUACUGCAGGAGCUCCUUCUGCAGAGCAAAUUGCCCCUGCUGCACCGCCAGCUAUGCAAGUUGCAAUAGACAAAGAAGAUGAGCAGAAGAAGCAUGCUAUGGCUGUAGCUGCAGCCACGGCUGCAGCUGCUGAUGCAGCUGUGGCAGCUGCACAGGCUGCGGCUGCUGUGAUCAGGCUAACAGCUGCUGCCAACGGGAGAGCCAGCGCCAUUGAAGAGGCUGCUGCCUUAAAGAUUCAAUCCUUUUUCCGCGCUUAUUUGGCAAGAAAAGCACUGCGCGCAUUGAAGGGACUAGUGAAGCUGCAGGCAUUGGUAAGAGGUCACCUGGUGAGAAAACAAGCCACAGCUACACUGCGGUGCAUGCAGGCAUUGGUUACAGUGCAGGCUAGAGCUCGCGCUCAGAGAAUCCGCAUGGCUGAAGAACCAGAUCAAGCUAAUCAGAGGCAGUCAGUCCACAGAAAAUCAACUCAGGAGAAUUGGUUAAGGCAUACAUAUUCGGAGAUUGAUAGAGGCAUGGAAGAGAACAUUAAGAUAGUAGAGAUUGAUAAUGGUGAAUCAAAGGGAAGUUCAAAGAGCAGAAAUAGCUACUCAAACCAUCCACAGUAUGCUUCACAUCGCGCUUAUUCCACCCAAGAUAAUUACCAGGUUUCCCCAGCUCCAUCAGCGCUGACUGACAUAAGCCCCAGAGCCUGCAGUGGUUAUUUUGAGGACUACUCUUAUAGCAUAGCGCAAAGUAGUCCACAGUACUAUUCUGCCAUAUCCAAGCCUGACCCUUCAAAAGUUCCUUUUGCCUUCCCUAGGACAGAUUAUGCUGAAUCUUUGUCCUAUGACUACCCGUUGUUUCCCAAUUACAUGGCUAAUACAGAAUCUUCAAGGGCCAAAGUUCGUUCUCAGAGUGCGCCCAAGUCAAGGCCAGAUUCAUUUGAGAGGCAACCAAGCCGACGAAGGGCAUCCAUAGAAGGAAGAAAUUUCCCAAAAGCUGUGCGGAUGCAAAGGUCUUCUUCUCAUGUCGGUAUGACUGCUCAAAAUUACCAAUAUCCAUGGUCAAUCAAGCUUGACAGGUCAUCAGUUUCGCUUAAAGACAGUGAGUGUGGAUCCACCAGCACAGUGCUUACUAACACCAACUACUGCAGAUCACUUGUCGCAUACGAUCCUUAUGGAAACAGGUACUAACAGUGCAUCUCUAUGCAGACUUCAUACAAAUAAUACAAGCACCGGAAGGAAAUGAUCAAGAAAAGUGAAGUUUCUGAUAAAGAAACUGCCAUAAUUUCCUGACAGAUUUUCAUCGGUGUCACUACAAGGAGCUCUAUAUUUAAAAAACCACUACGUAGAGUGUUUCUUUUUUUUUUUUAAAUUUCGUGUGAAUGUUUUUGCAUGAUUUGAUUGAAUGUGGUUCUUACACAAAGCUUAUGAUAAUGAGCUGCAAGCAUUACGAUUGCAGAAGUAGGUACUCAAUAACGUACCGAUUCAUUUUCUGUUCAUAAAAAAUUAUAUGGUGUGAUUGUUUCCCAUGUUAAUAAUCAAAAACUUAGUUAUUUUUAUGGA